CCUUUUCCUCUUCCUCUUCGUCUUCCUCCGCCUCCAUCUUUGGUUUCGGGUCUCUUCUUCUUUGUCUAUUCCCAUCUUCUUCCUCCCACCCGAGUCAUCGUUGCCUCCUCCUUCUUAAUCUACCACUGGUAUCCUCCACCUACCACGUUGUAUGCCCGCCUCGUGGGCAGAUUAUCUAGUCCUGGCAUCCUAAGCCCCGGUGCUUGCACCCUGAAUGAACCACCCACCCACCCUCCCUGCGUAGACAAGCUCAACCAGUUUCAUCCCGCUGUGGAUAUCCGCUCUCUCCAACUCGUUCUUUCUCCCUCUUGGUCGGUUCCGCCGGCCACCGAACGGAGUCGUAAUGGCUCAGUCGACCGACCUCGUCGAUCAGAUCGCCCAGCUGAACGCCGCCCGAAACCUCGUCCUGGGCGAUGCCGCCUUCUACCCGCAAAUUGUGAACGGAGUCCUCCCCCUAAUUGGCGCACACACUCGCCUGGAGUUGCGACAAUGGGGAGCGGAAUUCCUGGCCGAGACCUUCGCCAGCCCCGCGCUGGCUUUGUCCCAGAAGGAGCAGCUGGCCCCGAAAGUGCUGCAGACUUUGCGGGAGAUAUUGGAGUUACCGGAGGGGGAUCCUUUGGUGUUGAAACAUAUAGUGCAGAACGCGGCCAGUUUGUAUCCGCUGGUGUUUAGGCAUAUUAUCAAUCACCCGGCCGAUGCGACGGCGUGGGAAAACAUGACGGCCAUCAAGGAGGACAUCCUGCGCCGAUGGGACUCGUUCCCUUUCCCCGUCAAGAUCUGUUGCAUCAAAUUCGUACAGCGAGUCGUCCACGUGCAGACGCAUGGAUCGAUCGCCGACCCUAGACGACCGGAGCAGAAUGAGACCUCGUUGGCCAUUGUGCCCCGCAACCAUGCCCUCCUGUCUCUCCCGAAUUUAGAAGCAGAAGCUUCGGGUUUGUUAGAUCGACUCCUUUCCGUCUUCCAGGAAGAUUCAAGCGACCCCCUCCUCGUCAAUGCGACAUUGAAUUGCCUGGCCGUCCUUAUCCGAACCCGUCAGUCUGUCGGCAACAAAAUCAUCAACGCCAUUAUGAAUUUCUUUCCGGCCAGACAAGUGCGCCCCCCAAUAACCCCCUCGGUCCGGGUCGGGGUUAAGUCGAUGGAACGGACUGCCAGAGCGGUUCUGAUCAACAUAAUAAAGAGGAACUCGAGCCACCCCCUGGUGGGGAAAAUGCAACAGUACAUCGAGCGAUUGAUGCAAUCACGUAUAGAAAUGAUCGACGAGGCCUCCCGGAAGCGUGGUUUGCCGUCCGAGCCGACAGACGGACUUGACAACAUCAAACGGGCGAAACUUGAUGCUGAAACGCCGGCACUGGUCAAGAUUCCCCCGCUCCCACCAGGCCCGACCAGCUAUGCACAGCUCUUUACGAUAACAGAAGAUAAGGAGCUGAGGGGAUUCGAUGUGAAGCAAUUGCCCGUCGAUAUGCUCGUAAAGAUGGUUGUUCCUAUUCUCGCCCGUGUCGACCAGUCAAUGAUGAGCCAGUCUAUCGAGGGCAUCCGGAUGCGGUACCAAGCGAUCCAGAAGCAACAGGCUGCGCAACUUCCAGCAGCGACAGCGGAGGCGGAAGACGAUGAUGAUUACGAGCCUGAGUAUCAGCCCAUGGACGUCGCUGAACCAGCAGCGGAGCAGGCGGAAGCUGUUGCUGCUGAAGUCGCCGACCUCCAACCGGACCUGGUAUCGUUAGGCCCUUUUGUUCUACCCCAACCACCGCCCCUAGCGGAAGACGAGGCCGCGGACAUCGGUCGAAGUGCUGUUGGAAGAGUGUUUGGCAUGUUGGCGUCUACCGGAGUAGCCCCGAACCCGGCGAAAGGGAAAAGUCAACAGCAACCAGGUUUUGCUCGCCUGGCCGGAAGCACCUUCGAUCGCGACGCCUGGGUGACCUUACUAACUAGACUUGCAACCCGGGCACCAGCUGGUCUGGAAGCGGGAGGGAAAUCCGAGAAGGGGAAGCCCACGAUAUCCGACUCGAUCCGCGAAACACUCUACCGGUACAUCCUGGAGGACUUCCGUGGCCGCGUGAAUGUAGGCAUCAUGUGGCUUAAUGAGGAAUGGUACAACGACCGGAUACAGAUGGAGUUUACUGCUCAGCAGCGGAGCGACGAGGACGACGAGGCCACGGUUCCCUUGCACUAUGACCACUGGGUCCUGCGACUCCUUGAUGGGUUCCUCCCGUACCUAGAUUCCCGAGACACGAAGAUCUUCAUCCGCUUUCUCAGCGAAAUCCCCGAGGUGACAAUCCCGAUCACCAAGCGCGUGGCCAGUCUUGCGAAGGACCCCGAGCGUGUGAAUCUAUGUGUCCAGUCCCUCCUGUACCUAAUAAUGUUCCGACCCCCCGCGCGGGAAAUGUGCCUUAACGCCCUCGAGGAUGUCUAUCAGGCCUACGAAGAGUCCCGUCCUGCAGCCGGCAAAAUCCUCGCCAGAUGGCGUCCCCCGAAAACCGAAGAGCAACUCCCUCAAGAUCAACCUCAACCCCAAGAUCAGCAGCAGCCCCGCUUAAUCGCAUCCGAAACCAAUACCCCCGUCCCAAAUGGUACUGAAGAAUCAGUCCCCACCCCGCCACAACCCGCUGAUGCCACCCCCGCCGCUACUUAG